GGAAAAAGGAGUGGUGAUUAUCGAACAAAAGUAAACGAGAGAGAGGAGAGCAUUAGUUUCUUCGCCACCGUUCUUUCCCUGUUUUUGAGUUUUCUCUCUCUUUCUUUCUCCACUGUCUUCCUCUCUCCUGAAGGAAAAACAAAUUUCGAAAGAGGAGAGGCUUUGAAAUCCGAAAUUAGGGUUCCAUUAUUCUUAUGCUAUUGUUAUUUUGGUCCCGGAUUGGGAAAGGAUAAAGAACAAAAGAAGAAGAUUGAAACAUUCGAUCUGGAAGGGAUCUGGAUCUGUGGUUAAAGAAGAAGAGGAGGUAGAGAUAAAAUGAGUUUGGAUUCGGUCCCAACGAGCACUCAUGGAAGUCUCGAUGAACAGAUUAAUCAGCUUAUGCAGUGCAAGCCCUUAUCUGAGCAAGAGGUGCGGGGGCUAUGCGAGAAGGCCAAGGAAAUUCUGAUGGAAGAAAGCAACGUCCAGCCUGUCAAAAGCCCUGUUACAAUCUGUGGUGAUAUUCAUGGACAGUUCCAUGAUCUUGCGGAGCUUUUUCGCAUCGGAGGAAAGUGCCCAGACACAAAUUACUUGUUCAUGGGAGACUAUGUGGAUCGUGGGUACUACUCUGUUGAAACUGUGACAGUAAGAAAUAUUCUGAUCCUCGAUAGGAUCUUGGUUUUGAUUUCUUGCUGUUGAAAUAAUAAUUUGGAAAGACUUUGUGAUGCUCUGUGCUUCUUUACGAUGAUAUUUGUCAAAUGAUGUCAUUAUACGUCCUUCACUGAGGCUAUUUCUUGUUCUUUUUUUUUAGUUUUCCAAUUGCACGCUGACUCAGUUGAUUGUUUUCAGCUUCUGGUGGCCUUGAAAGUGCGUUAUUCUCAAAGGAUCACCAUUCUGAGGGGAAAUCAUGAGAGUCGCCAGAUUACUCAAGUUUAUGGAUUCUAUGACGAGUGCCUGAGGAAGUAUGGGAACGCAAAUGUGUGGAAGAUCUUUACAGAUCUGUUUGACUAUUUUCCGCUGACAGCAUUGGUGGAGUCCGAGAUUUUUUGUCUUCAUGGUGGAUUGUCUCCUUCCAUUGAAACCCUCGACAAUAUCCGUAACUUUGAUCGUGUCCAAGAAGUCCCACACGAGGGUCCCAUGUGUGACCUUUUGUGGUCUGAUCCCGAUGACCGUUGUGGGUGGGGUAUUUCACCGAGAGGCGCUGGAUACACCUUUGGUCAGGACAUCUCCGAGCAGUUCAACCAUACCAACAGCUUAAAGCUGAUUGCAAGAGCUCAUCAGCUCGUCAUGGAAGGCUAUAACUGGGGUCAUGACCAAAAGGUGGUCACCAUAUUUAGUGCACCUAAUUAUUGCUACCGUUGUGGGAACAUGGCAUCUAUAUUGGAAGUUGACGAUUGCAAGGGUCACACGUUCAUCCAGUUUGAGCCAGCUCCAAGGAGGGGAGAACCGGAUGUAACCAGGAGAACACCUGAUUACUUCCUAUAAGCUAAAACCUCCUAGCAUUGAGCUGCUGUGGAUCCUGUGGCCGGUGCCUACUACUUCCUGGGUUUUCUUGUUCUGAGAGGCAUUUUUCGUUAAACAUAAGAAGAUAGACAGACGAUCUUUCACUGUGAUUGUGUAGGGUAAAAGAUGGAGAAAAUGCAGCUGUUUAGAGAAGGGGGGAAAGGUGGGUUUUGAGCUGUAGUGAGGUAAGCUUUCCUUGAAUGUGGUUGUCAAUUGUGAAAAGUAGUUAUGGGGUUUUGGUGAGUGUCCUCUCAACAGGAAGAAGGCAAAGCAGUGAGAGUUGGGCAAAUGAUGCAUGCAGUAUAUGUAACAUUUUCAGGGCAAAACAGUGGGGGAUCUUUUUCCUUGUUUAUUCCUUGAUUUUUGUUCUCACUUAAUUUUACUUAUCGUUUUAUAAUUUUUGCCCCCUCCUUUAAUUGUCGAUUUUCCUUUCUGUAGAAUGAUUGUUAUUUUGGGGAGGAACUGUGGUUGGUAAUGUAGAGGAACGUUCAAUCAGAUAACUGGUUAGUGGGGUGCUUUCUCACGAGUACUUUUCAGCCAAUUGUUUCUGUUGGUAUAUGUUUGUUGACUUGGUUUCCUCGGAUCAAUAUGUUUUGGUUGGUUCUCAGUUUGAGCCAUCGUACUAUUGUUGUUGUGAGAGCGUCAUACGGUUUGCUCUUAGAAGAGUUGCGUAGAUAGGGCUGGUAAUCGGUCAGUAAUCGGUAUCCGGUAUACAG